ACCAGCAGGUCCCGGCAGUCUAAGCUAGCGCUAGUUCUGUAGUGUUACCGGACCAGAAAGUUGUCAUUAUGUUCAGGCGAGGAACUUUUGGUCCUGGCAGGACUUCCCACAGCCAUCGUGGUUUAAUAUUUGGCAACCCUGGGUAAGUAUUUGUUCUUGACACUAUUUCAGUCUAUUGUGGUUUAGAUAUAAAUAUGGAUAAAAAUCACGGUGAUGCCCCAUAUCGGGGUAAAUAACGUACACACAAAAUCACAGAGUAAUUCCAAGAAUAUUACUUUCGAAAUCUUAAUUGCUUGCCCUUGGUUUGAAAGAGAGACAAGCGAGCUUGUGACACCAGUGCGUUUUUCCGUCUCGUUAUUUCUUUACAACCCUCUUGCUAUCCUCUUUGUGUCCUCUUGCUGUCCUUUUGCUGUUCUCUUGCUCACUUCCUAUUCUCUACUGGUUCUCUUGCUGUCUCCUUGCUUUCAUCUUCCUGUUCUCUUGCUGUUCUCUACUGGUUCUCUUGCUUUCCUCUUGCUGUCCCCUUGCUGUCAUCUGCUUUACUCUUGUUGUCCUCUUGCUGUUCUCUUGCUAUCCUCUUGAUGUUCUCUUGCUGUCCUCUUGUUGUCAUCUUGUUGUCCUCUUGAUUUCCUCUUGCUGUCCUCUCGGAUACUACAUUACAGCUAAUGAUCACAUGAUCAAAUUUUCGUAAAUUUUUUUAAUGAAAAUUUGAUCUCUCGAACUGAGCAUUUAAGUUUAAGUGUUAUUUUGAUUUAAUUUUGUUUUUACUGUUGUUUGUUCGCUGAUGCAGGCUUCCUGCCGACACGUUCGUUGUUUUGCUUGCGUUCUUUUUUUUUAUUUCCAGGUUUUCCCCAUACUUUGUUUCGCUAUUUCUAUUUAUCUUUGUUCAUUCUGUUUAAUUAAUGUAAGUUAAGAUGUGUAUCUGUAUUACUCUAUUGGACCAAACACCACCCUAGGCGCCAUUUGAGCAUCUUCCACAAUUCCCUGUUGAGUGACGCCAUCAACUACUACAUCUAUGGCGCGGGGGGCGUUAACAACCAGGAGUCACUCAAGCCUAAUGUCACGUCACCGACAACUGACGGCUCUUCGGGAACAACCCCGCCGAAAGAGGAAAUUUCGUCCGGAAACACUCUACCAAGUAAGGUCAAGGACGUUGCUAAUUUUUUUUUUUUAAUGAGAGGAAUUACGUCAUCGUCCAAAAAGAAGAGUGCUCUUAAGUUUUGUUAUCGGUACGAAAGGGAUCAAGUUCAAGGAUGUAGUAUGCUACCUCCAGGUCAACCGACUCAGUGAUAUUAUAAUAUUCAACGUUCCAAUCAGUCAUAGUUAGAUCUAAAGUGUUUAAUCUGUUUUAUCAUGUUCCAUUAAGUUCAAUCAUGUUAUAUCAUAUUCCAUCGUGUUUCAUCUUACUUCCCCCAACAGCAGAGUAUAUAUAUUUUUUUUUUUAGUUGGUCUCAAUGUGAUCACAAAAUGUUUCUUUAGGGCCUGACCCCAACAAGAUAUUGUCGGUUGUGGGCGUGGACUUACAGGUAUCUGUCAAUGCCAAGGACCACCACACAGGCGACUAUGAAAUCUGCAAGUCAAAGACCACACCCAUGCUCGUUGUGAGGCGUGGUCAGCCCUUCACCAUCUCCGUGGACUUCUCUAAGGAGUACGAUGCGCAACAAGACGAUCUGAGGCUUGUCUUUGAGGCAGGUCAGCAGGUGGCUUUUUAGCACGCAAAACAGAAAUUAAUUGACUUUGAAAUCUACGAAAAGUGUUUCUAAAUUUUGUCCAUUUGGAGAUGUUUAAAAACUCAACCAAUCCUAACUAUGCCACUGUUGAUAUGUCUAGUGAGUAGAGCAGCGGUUCUCAACCUGUGGGUAGAGACCCCUUUGGGGGUCGCGGGACCCUUUUCCAGGGGUCGCGGGACCCUUUUCCAGGGGUCGCUUAAGACCAUCUGAAAACAUAUAUCCUUACAGCUAUGAAGUAGCAACGAAAAUAAUUGUGUCGCUGGGGGGUCGCCACGACACAAAAAAACUAUAUUAAGGGGUCGCGGCACUAGAAAGGUUGAGAAGCACUGGACUAGAGCAAUCCAUAGCUGAGGACUAUUAAAAUCUAUUAAAAUUAUAUGGACUUUUUUUAAAGUUGCGGCUUGAAAAGUAAUUUUUAUUUGAAUUCUACAGAGAGUUGAUACUUGUGCUUCUGUUGGUCAAUUUGUUUUUUUUGUCGUUAAAAAGUUCCCAUUUUUUUUUUUAACAGGCGACAGUCCUGCAGCCAACAAAGGAACAAGUGUUGACUUCAUCCUGUCAGAUGACGAUAAGCCGAAAGAAUGGGGCGCAAAAAUACAGUCACAAAAGGUGAUUUAAAAAAAUACAGUCACAAAGGGUGAUUUAAAAGAAAAAAGUCACAAAAGGUGAUAAAAAAGCCAGUCACUAAAGUGUGUGGGUGUUUUUGUCAACUUCAAUAUUGAUGAGCUUGAUGUUUUAGUCACCUACAAAAGGUGCUAGGAAGUACAAACGUCUCAAUGAAAACAAAUAAAUCAUGUACACAACUAUUAUAACACCAGUUGUAAUGUACACAAGUCAGACUAGGUCCCUGUAAUUUACACAAGUCAGACUAGGUCCCUGUAAUUUACACAAGUCAGACUAGGUCCCUGUAAUUUACACAAGUCAGACCAGGUCCCUGUAAUUUACACAAGUCAGACUAGGUCCCUGUAAUUUACAGUCAGGCUUGGUCCCUAGCCAAAAGAAGCUGGAAAUCUCUUCAGUACAACGGGAGAGGAAAUUCCUUAAAAAAAUAUACGCUCAUGUUAUGGCAUGAUGAAUUGAGAAUUGGUACAAACCAAGAGGUAGAUCUAUUGUUCUGAGCAAACCAAGAGGUAGAUCUAUUGUUCUGAGCAAACCAAGAGGUAGAUCUAUUGUUCUGAGCAAACCAAGAGGUAGAUCUAUUGUUCUGAGCAAACCAAGACGUAGAUCUAUUGUUCUGAGCAAACCAAGAGGUAGAUCUAUUGUUCUGAGCAAACCAAGAGGUAGAUCUAUUGUUCUGAGCAAACCAAGAGGUAGAUCUAUUGUUCUGAGCAAACCAAGAGGUAGAUCUAUUGUUCUGAGCAAACCAAGAGGUAGAUCUAUUGUUCUGAGCAAACCAAGAGGUAGAUCUAUUGUUCUGAGCAAACCAAGAGGUAGAUCUAUUGUUCUGAGAUUCAUCCAUAGUCGCAGGUAAUAAAGUGGGCGGGGGGGGGGAAGGCUGCGCUGGACAGCACACUUUGAGGCGCCUGGGGCCGACCUUGAUUUCUCCGACAUGUCUUAAUAAAAACUACAAUGCUUAAAAAAUACAUAUAAAAACCUAACUAUAAGAAACUAUGUAAAUCACAUCCCAUACGAGAUUCACAUAAAAUCACGCCAUAUAAACUAUAUAAAGUGGAGUGACAAUGCAAUCCCAAAAUAAAUGUCCCACGGGGUUAACCCCCCACCCCCCUCUUCCUACGCCCGUAAGCCAUUACUAUAAAUAUUUAACGUUCGGUUUGUGGUGAUCCCAGGGCAACUCACUGACCAUCACCGUGUUCACGCCACCGACAUGUCUGGUGGGGAAGUGGACCUUGAAGCUGGACGUGGUCAAGAAAGAGAAUACGUCUGUGAACAUCUACAGAUAUCAACACAAAGACGCCAUCUACAUCCUGUUCAACCCCUGGUGUAAAGGUUUGCCGCCACUGCCCAUACAUUUUAUAUCUAUUUAACAAAGGCGUAUUUAGGGUAAAAAUUUUGGCGGGAGUUCGAACAAAAAGGUCUUUGGAUAUUAAAAUGAUGUCAAUGUAAUCGUUCCUGCUUCCCCCCCCAACCCCCCCCCACCCAAAAAAAACCCCCACAGAUACGCCUUUAGUUCAUGUAUUGGAGCCGAGAGACUGUAUUUGAGCAUGUUCCAUUGUGUAUGCCUAAAUAUAUGUCAUUGUUUUAUGCUACUGCUGCUCGCUGUGUGUGACGUCAAUCAAUGGUUGAGUUUAAUGUGGUCUAGAUCCCUUUAAAGACAUUGUUGUAAUUCAAAAUCUCAUCAUUUAUGUAUCACACACCACACAAACUCAUGCACACGUAAGGGCUACCGCACACCACACAAACUCUUGCACACAUAAGGGCUCCCGAACACCACACAAACUCAUGCACACGUAAGGGCUCCCACACACCACACAAACUCAUGCACACAUAAGGGCUCCCACACACCACACAAACUCAUGCACACGUAAGGGCUCCCACACACCACACAAACUCAUGCACACAUAAGGGCUCCCACACACCACACAAACUCAUGCACACGUAAGGGCUCCCACACACCACACAAACUCAUGCACACGUAAGGGCUCCCACACACCACACAAACUCAUGCACACGUAAGGGCUCCCACACACCACACAAACUCAUGCACACGUAAGGGCUCCCACACACCACACAAACUCAUGCACACGUAAGGGCUCCCACACACCACACAAACUCAUGCACACGUAAGGGCUCCCACACACCACACAAACUCAUGCACACGUAAGGGCUCCCACACACCACACAAACUCAUGCACACGUAAGGGCUCCCACACACCACACAAACUCAUGCACACGUAAGGGCUCCCACACACCACACAAACUCAUGCACACGUAAGGGCUCCCACACACCACACAAACUCAUGCACACGUAAGGGCUCCCACACACCACACAAACUCAUGCACACGUAAGGGCUCCCACACACCACACAAACUCAUGCACACGUAAGGGCUCCCACACACCACACAAACUCAUGCACACGUAAGGGCUCCCACACACCACACAAACUCAUGCACACGUAAGGGCUCCCACACACCACACAAACUCAUGCACACGUAAGGGCUCCCACACACCACACAAACUCAUGCACACGUAAGGGCUCCCACACACCACACAAACUCAUGCACACGUAAGGGCUCCCACACACCACACAAACUCAUGCACACGUAAGGGCUCCCACACACCACACAAACUCAUGCACACGUAAGGGCUCCCACACACCACACAAACUCAUGCACACGUAAGGGCUCCCACACACCACACAAACUCAUGCACACGUAAGGGCUCCCACACACCACACAAAUUCAUGCACACGUAAGGGCUCCCACACACCAAAGUGAGGUUUUCCAUCAAAAGAAUUCCUGUCUACAUUGCGAGGUCACCGACUCGUCUUAAAAGUGCCACUCGGCCUAAAGCUUAAUUUAAGACAUCAGACCGUAUGACAUCACUCUAGACAUCAAACCGUAAGCAGUCACUCUAGACAUAAGCCCGUAAGACAUCACUCAAGACAUCAGCCCGUAAGACAUCAGCCAAGACAUUUGACCCGAAACCUUCACUCAAAACAUCAGGCCUUAAGCCUUAGGCCUUAGACACAUUCUACCUGAACCGCUCUGUUCUACUGUAAAUCACAUUGACACAUUCUACCUGAACCGCUCUGUUCUACUGUAAAUCACAUUGACACAUUCUACCAGAUGAUGAUGUCUAUUUGGACAAUGAGAGACUUCUUGGUGAAUACGUUCUCAAUGAAAAGGGAGGGAUCUACAGUGGCAGUGAUCGCAGCAUAUCAUUCAAGCCAUGGAACUUUGGCCAGGUAAUACAAUGACAGAACGCAUCUAAAAGCAAGUAACUUAUUAGACCCUUGUUUUUAAAAUAAUCAAUUCUAAUUCUAUAGAGCUCAGCGAGACGACGUUCGUUUGUAGCUGGGUCGAUCAAUCACAAGGAAACCAAACAAUGCAUCGCACACGAAUUUGACAUGGUCGUUCCUCCUGACAUACAGAUGGUUAUAGUUAUUGGAAUGUUUGGCCACAAAACCCUUAUCACAAAAGAUGUAAAAAUCGUAAAGAGUAGGGAGAAAAGAAAUAAUAAUUAUUUUCCAAUUGAAUGGUUUGAGGUUAUUUUUGGAGAAAGAAUUUUAAUUAAGCCUUUAUUCAGCACGGUGCAGAACGGUGCGCCUUUGUUCAGAACGGUGCGUCUUUGUUUAGUGCACGGAUUUUAAAUAAAAAUAGCACAUUAGAAGUAUCACCUAGUUCAGGGGCGUGCAUAAAUGUUUCUUUUUGGUACCUAGGGGCUUACAGUCAUGGGUUGUAUUUUAUUAAUUUGUAUUACCAACUUUAGUUAGCAGCUGUGUGUGUGGAUGAAUCGUAAGUUGAUAAUUUAGCGAAACUACGUCACUGUGUGGGUGGGUGCAUAGUAUAAGGAUAACACUAUCUCAAAGGCGUCAUUUGUUACCCACGUCCUGCGGGAAAUACAAGAAUGGAUCACACUCGGAACAUGGAAUGUAGCCAAAUGGCUGGCGCCGUCUCCCACUCAGCCAGUAUAUUAAGUAUGGUUCUUAAACAAAUUAAUGGGUUUGGACACCUGGUCAGACAACCUGCAAUGCAAGCGUAAAUUGCCGGCACUCAAUACAAUGGCAGGCACUCGGUACAAUGGCAAGCACUCAGUACAAUGGCAGGCACUCAGUACAAUGGCAAGCACUCAGUACAAUGGCAGGGACUCAGUACAAUGGCAGGGACUCAGUACAAUGGCAGGCACUCAGUACAAUGGCAGGCACUCGGUACAAUGGCAGGCACUCGGUACAAUGGCAGGCACUCGGUACAAUGGCAGGCACUCGGUACAAUGGCAGGCACUCGGUACAAUGGCAGGCACUCAGUACAAUGGCAGGCACUCGAUACAAUGGCAGGCACUCAGUACAAUGGCAGGCACUCAUGUUUCAGGAUUAUUAACCAAAAUGGGACGGGCCCCCAAAAAACAAUGUUGCCAGGAGUUGUUAUAAAUCUGGCCAGUCACUGGAGAACAUUGUAAUUGUAACGGUUGUAAUUGUAAUGGUUUCUUUAAGGAAGUGUUGACAUUGUGUUCGCUUAGAACGCGUUUAGCGAUUUUGCCCGAUACAAGCCUGAGAACAUCCGGGUACAUUGGCUGGUCUCUUACAAUGCUGAAUUCUGAUUGGUAGUAAUAACAAUUUGUGUUUCUAAUUUUAAAAAUUGGCCCCAUUCCUGGAGUACGAAUGGAAAUGACACUUUGGUUUUGAUUAUGAAUCAGUUAUUUACAAACAAAUUUCACUCGCAAAAUUAAAUUGAUUAAAUCAUAUCCAGUCAUUGUAAACAUAAAUAAAAUAAUGAAUUCUUUCCUUAAGCAUCAAUAUUCAUCCAUAUACUGUAAUGUUCCAGUUCGAAUCGUGCGUGCUGGACUGCGCCAUGUAUCUACUGGACAUAUGUGAGCUCAACUGGUCAGUUCGGGGAAAUCCCGUUCUGGUCGUCAGGAAACUGUCUGCACUGGUAAGAAAUCAAACUUUUUAAUAAACUGGCCAUAUUAAAAGAAAAAAAAAUAUGGGGGGGGGGGUCGCUUUCAAAUCAGCUAUACAAAAAUUCUAUUGAUCCAUAGUUACUUUGAUUGUAAUUUUAAGACUUAACAAUUUCAGGAUUUAUGUGUAUGAUAAUUAUAAAAAUUGUGACGUAACAAUAUAUCUAACCACCUCCCCCACCCCCCGCCCCUGGGAAUUAACUUAUUUUACGGACGGCCCCCUUAUGUACUAGUGAUCAUUUUUGCAUAUUAUCAUGUCACGGUGUGGACAAUACUAUAGACCAGUGGUCGGCAAAUCGGGGCAAGUGAGCCGCAUGUGGUUCUUUAGCGACCUGAGUGUGGCUCGGCCGGUCAGCCACAACUCGGUUUUGACUCCGUAAAGCAUGGUUCUCGACAGGUUCUUGAAAAGAAAUUUGGCUCUAAACAUAAUUUUAAAUCGUCCCCCUGCUGAUGUUUGGCUCUUUUGACCGAUGAGUUUGUCGACCACUGCUAUAGACAGACAUAGAUUGUAAUGUCUUGUAUUGUACUGUGUGUGCGGGGGGGGGGGAGUUCUACGGCAGUUAUUAUUUCAUGCGCGUCUAUAGCAUGUAUAUGCAAUGUGUAUAUAAGUAAAACUUGGGUAUUUAGAUUGCAUAUCAUACAUCCAUAUCAUGAUUAUAUCAUGUGUAUGCAAUGUGCAUAUUUAUAAAACUUGGGUAUUCUAUGUGCAUAUUAUAAAUCUAUAUCAUGAUUAUUUCAUGUGUAUGCAAUGUGCAUAUAAGUGAACCUUGUGUACUUUUAUGUGCAUAUCAUACAUCUAUAGCAUGAUUAUAUCCUGUGCAUACAGGUGAAUUCUUCAGAUGAUAACGGCGUGCUGGCAGGAAACUGGUCAAGUAACUACGCGGGCGGACGGUCCCCCCUGUCCUGGACCGGCUCAUCAGCCAUUCUAGAGAAGUAUUGGAAAACCAAAAGUCCGGUGAAAUAUGGCCAAUGUUGGGUCUUCUCUGGACUGUCCACAACACGUUAGUGGUUUAUGCCUUCUGUAGGCCUAGUUGAAAUGGUUUAUUUUCGGUAAUUUGCCACCGUUGAAAGAGUGGAAUACUAAACACAUAUGUGAGAGUGGAACUACUUACCAGCACAACCACAAAGUUAUGUCACGUAUAUCUACGCUUGAAACUAGUCCUCCUUACUCAUUGCACGUACUAGAGGAAUAAUGAACAGUGAAGAAAUGUGCGUUGUUUUUUUUUUAGAAGCCACGUGUUUUAUCUAUUGAUCAUAAUAAUUACUUUCCGACAAAAAUGUAUAUUUUAAGAAACUUGUAUUUUCUAAAUUAUUAUUUGGUGUCCUCCUUUAGUUUGUCGGACACUGGGCAUCCCGGCCAGAUGUGUGACCAAUUUUGAAUCAGCCCAUGAUUCUGACGGUUCAGUGAGUGUCGACUACUUCAAGGUGAUGAACACUUGGAAGGCUGACUGCGACUCUGUCUGGUAAUGGGGGAAACCCGAUGAGCGAAUUCUCGUUUAACAUCCUUACUUAGAACUUGGUGAUUCCCCCAAAUCCUUGAACUCCUUCCAUGCCAUUUUGUUGCUAAGUAGACACAUCUCUUCUGUAUUACGAGCAGGUUUCCAUUCAAACUGGCGACAACUUAUUAAAACAAAAUUAUUAUCAGAAACAUUCCCUUUUCUCUCCCUUUUUAAAGCUCAAGAGCAUUUUACUGGCUACUGACACUGCAUGUAUGGGUAUACAAUAUUUUACUGGCUACUGGCACGGCAUGUAUGGGUAUACCAUAUUUUACUGGCUACUGGCACGGCAUGUAUGGGUAUACCAUAUUUUACUGGCUACUGACACUGCAUGUUUGGGUAUACCGUAUUUUACUGGCUGCUGACACCGCAUGUAUGGGUAUACCAUCCAAAUACACGUCUCGUAACAAAGAGGUCCAACCACGCCAACAACACCAAAAAACCCAUAAAAAACAGAAAAAAAUCAAAUUCACCUUGUGUUAAAUAACAGAUUUAAAAACAAAAAUCGUUUUGGCAGAAUGGAAGUGAGAUGUGAGGAUUGGACUUGUGAAGUGGGAGGAUUGGACUUGUGAAGUGGGAGGAUGGGACUUGUGAGAUGGUAGGAUGGGACUUGUGAGAUGGUAGGAUGGGACUUGUGAGAUGGUAGGAUGGGACUUGUGAGAUGGUAGGAUGGGACUUGUGAGAUGGUAGGAUUGGACUUGUGAGAUGGUAGGAUGGGACUUGUGAGAUGGUAGGAUGGGACUUGUGAGAUGGUAGGAUGGGACUUGUGAGAUGGUAGGAUGGGACUUGUGAGAUGGUAGGAUGGGACUUGUGAGAUGGUAGGAUGGGACUUGUGAGAUGGUAGGAUGGGACUUGUGAGAUGGUAGGAUGGGACUUGUGAGAUGGUAGGAUGGGACUUGUGAGAUGGUAGGAUGGGACUUGUGAGAUGGUAGGAUGGGACUUGUGAGAUGGUAGGAUGGGACUUGUGAGAUGGUAGGAUGGGACUUGUGAGAUGGUAGGAUGGGACUUGUGAGAUGGUAGGAUGGGACGUGUGAGAUGGUAGGAUGGGACUUGUGAGAUGGGAGGAAGGGAAUGAGGCGUAUUUUGUUAAUAAAAGCAGGGACAAAACUCAAUAUCGCUGUAACAGACGUUAAAGGUAACUCUUGAUCUUGAUUUUGUCAGCACGGUUAAGGGGCCCUAUGAUCCAUGGAGCCAUGCUUUAAGACUUGCUUUCUCUACUCCGAUGUUAUGGGAGUAUUUAUAAAAUUGUUGUUUACAGUAGGCCUACGACUGUGGUAGAGUAAUGAUAGAAGGAUGAUUCUCUUCUACAGGAACUUCCACGUCUGGAAUGAGGCAUGGCUGUCCAGGCCAGACCUGCCGGCUGGUUAUGGUGGAUGGCAGGCGUUUGAUGCCACACCACAAGAGACCUCAGAUGGUAUUUAGAGAUCUUUAUUUAAUAGUAUAAUAUUUUAAAAAUGGUAUCAACUUAAACUAAUAGGAAAUAGUAUUACCUUUAAUUUAUACUAUAGAAACUAGGGUUACCUUUAAUUUAUACUAUAGGAACUAGUGUUAUCUGUACAUCUAAUCCGCAGGUGUCUACUGCUGUGGCCCGGCAUCUGUUCGUGCCAUCAGAGAGGGUCGGAUCGAGCUUCCUUACGAUGGACCUUUCAUAUUCGCUGAGGUCAACGCCGACAAAGUCUACUGGUCGCAAGACAAUGUCGGGAAAUUGCAGUGUGUUGACCUCAAUUGCAAUGCGUAAGUCGGCAAUAGUCAACUAAAGGAAUUCAGCCAACCAAACGCAGUUAAUAUCACUGUUCAUUUUUCAUCACUGUUCAUUUUCAUCACUGUUCAUUUUCAUCACUGUUCAUUUCCAGUUUAACGCCAUCAGCGCAAAUUUUUCUUAAUGAAGAAGCUGCCGAAGUCUGAGCCAUAGUUGUGCCACGUGUGGCUGAAAACUUUCGUGUUUGUACUUUAAAUACGAAUAAUUUUUCAAACUUUGUCAAUGACAUCAUUUUAAUUUCAUGCAGUAUUUUCUUAGUUGGGGCCGAUUACUCCGGGACGACCCUUGAAUGUAUUACUGACUGAAUGUUUUCUCAGAAUCGGCAAACACAUCAGCACAAAGGCCGUUGACUCCAACGAGAGGGAGGAUCUUUCUGACCACUACAAGCCAAAAGAAGGUACACAACGAUUUCCAACAUCAUGUAAAGUAGCGCAUAUAUAGCUAUAUAUAUACAUAUACAGAUAGAGAGAGAGAGAAAGAGAGAGAGAAAGAGAGAGAGAGAGAGAUAGAGAGAGAGAGAGAGAAAGAGAGAGAGAGAGAGAGAGAGAGAGAGAGAGAGAGCUAAGAACAUCUGUAAACCACCAGUUCUCAAAGUGGAUGGCCCAGGGGCGGUGGUAUAGCCAAGGUGGGCGGUAACAUGCUCAGUAGAAUGAGGGGCGCUGGGACUAACUAAAAGGGCGGUGGUUAUUUAUGUCAGAAUAUUUUUUGGCCAUUAUCAAAAUUAGAAAUAUUUCCCCAAAAAAGUGUCAAAGUUAUUUUGAAUGUCGACAUUGAACACGAGUCAUGGGUUACAAAAAAAUAUUUAAAAAACUAGUCAGACUCAGAAUCAUGGAUAAAAAAUCUAGUCAGACUCAGAAUCAUGGAUAAAAAAUCUAGUCAGACUCAGAAUUAUGGAUACAAAAUCUAGUCAGACUCAGAAUCAUGGAUAAAAAAUCUAGUCAGACUCAGAAUCAUGAAUAAAAAAUCUAGUCAGACUCAGAAUCAUUGAUAAAAAAUCUAAUCAGACUCAGAGUCGUGGAUAAAAGCUAAUCAGACUCAGAGUCGUGGAUAAAAGCUAAUCAGACUCAGAGUCGUGGAUAAAAGCUAAACAGACUCAGAGUCGUGGAUAAAGCUAAUCAGACUCAGAGACAUGAGUGAAAGCUAAUCAGACUCUGGGUCAAAAAUAUAUUUUUUUUGCACACCAUGAAGACCAUUUGAUGUUUCAAACAGUAGAAGUGUUAAGAAACAAAUAGACGUGCUUAAUGUUAUAGAAAUGGUAAUACAGGUUAUGUUGUAGUGCUUGAAUCAAAAGACAUGACCAUAAGAUGUGAACGUUUCGACUUAGAGCCUUCUUCAGCGAACAGGACAAGUAGAAGUGCGACAAGAAACAGAGCACAGUAAAAAUAACUUUACAGAUUCCCCUUUGUUGCUUCCGGAAGUAGGUUUACAGGAAGUGAAACAAUAUAAAUAUUGGUACUGUGGAAAAAAAGGUACAGAAUCUUAGUGGAACAAAAUAUGUAGGGAUACAUAAAAUGUAAGGAACUAGAAUAAAUGACCGGAUGUUAUCGGGAUAAUAAUGGCAGGUCCUUUGCGAUAAUUUCUAAUUGUUAUUGCAAAAACUCAUCACAAUUCCUAACUUUAAAAAGAAGUAUCUAUGUAAUGAUAUUUACGUUUCUAACAUGGUUAAGUUUUGAGAAGUAUUUAUCUGCUAUAUAUUAUACGCCUACCCUACUCCAUUUCACGCCCCAUAACUAUUUUUUGUUCCUGCAAACAUGACCUUAAAUUACCCAAUCUAAAUUAUCAUUUAUCAUAUAAUUAUAUCACUUUUGUCACCAAAGAAGUUAAUCGAAGGACGAUUUUUAUGCUAGAGAAAUACUUUAGCUUUUACCCUUUUCGUGCCCUUGAAUUAUUUUUUUCCUCGAAAAAUUGUCAAAAAACAUAAUCUUUAAUUUACAACAAAAGCUCUAUAUAUGAUAUUUUAUAUUAAAGGAAUUCGAUAUAUUGAUAUCUUCAUCAAAAAUUUAAACACACUUUCGCCUUGUUUUUUUAAAAAUUAUACUAUACCUUAUCACAAAAUCGUAAAACAAAGAUUUAUUUUGUCUAAAGAAGAAUCUCGCAACCGUUUUUCACGUCUAUAACAGACUUGUGUGUCUGUUUUUAAAAUUGUUAAUCUCAUCAAAAUACAUAUCCACUUUACUUUUCGCAAAGUAAAAACAAAAAUAUAUUUUCAUUUAAAAAAAAAAGAAAUAUUAGCCCAUCUCCAUUUUUAAAAAUUAAAUUUUCAAGUGUGUAAAAUUAUUGGGUUUUGGUAUUUAUGGGUAUACUUAUAUAAAUGUACCCACAUUUUGUUAACGCCAUUGAUUUUCUUAAUUGGUAAACAUAUGAUUAUUUGUAAAAAGUGAAUGUAAAAUCUCUUUUUUUCACAAAUUAUAAACCAUGUAAAAAUGUAGGAAUCCUAUUACCUACCUCCGAUGUGUAUGUAUCCAAGAAAGUUAAUUAUUUAUCAAAUUCAUUCCUUUAUUUUAAGACGUAACUUGUGCUGCCAGGUGCAAAAUGAACACACCCCCCCCCCCCCCCCCAUUCUAAAAAAAAAAAAAAAAAAUUCUACCGGAUUGUAGCCCCUUCCAUACCCAAGCUGAUAUAUUUUGCACUUCAUGUGGUUUGUUAUUAUUUGGAUGAGUUAUAAGUGCAUUAGUGAAUGCUAUUUGGCUAUGGGAUUUCACUGCACUGAUUGACUUUCCUUAUGAGAAGUAUAUUUAAAAGUUAAGUUUUUAUUACGUUCUAAAGAAUAUUUUUGGAAUUUAAAAAAGUAAAAAUUUAUUAAAUGUUAAAAAUUCAAAGCCAAAAUGUAUGUGUGUGUUAUUAACAAUUUAAAAAGCAAUCAAAUUAUAUUUAUAAAUGUUAUUUUUAAAAAGGGAAAAUGCAUUAUCAGUUUUCUAAAGCACGGUUAUUAAAUUAAAUUAAAGAAACUUUAGAGUUUUGGCUAAAAUUUAGGAUUCGCGCUAAGAUGUCCUUUGCGUGUUUAUUUAGAACAAAUUAAUUUUAAUUUCAUUUCGCAAUAUUAACAACUCACUAAAAACGCACUAAAAAAACGGAUGUUAUGGGUUUUCCCCGAUAAAUGUGAUUACGGUGUAAAUCUUAGAUCAUAAUUUUUUAAUUAAUUUUUUUUUCAUAACAUUUAUAUUCGGAUAAAAUGCUGUAAAUAGUUCCUUAGUUGUUACUUUUAAUUUAUUUGUAAUACUUAAACUUUUGCUGAAAUAAAAACGUAUUUAUGUUGUUUUUGCGCAUUUAAAUUGAUUCCAUUUCCGUGGAAAAAAACAACAACAAAUGUGAUUGUUUUUAAGAAUCCGAACGUAUUUAAGUCUUUUCGGUUCUAUGGAGUAACGGUCAGCAUAGCUCAUUCUUAUCUAUUAUAUAUAUAUAUAUAAGGAAAAUAUGAAGAAACAAAAGAAAAUUGAGAAAAAUUAGUCAGAGAGUAUUUGAGUAAUAUCAAAUGGAGAUAUGGUGCCGAAAAGCUCAAUAAAUUUGUUUUCCAUUUUAACUCUCUCUGGUGUGUUUGUACAGGAUCAUAAUUUUUUUUGUACAGGAAAUCGGUACCGUGAUGGAUACAUCUGAGUCACUGUUAUGUUCCUCUCUGUUGAAAUGUGAAGAGACUGGGGAAAGUUUACCAUGUUCAAUAUCCCGAAGAUGUUCUUUGAACCUAUCUAGCAAUCUUCUCCCAGUUUCGCCUAUAUAACUAGAUAUUUUGUUUCGUUGGUCCUAAGAAAGUGUGACAAUUUGGGACAAAAAGUGUGUGUGGAAGGGGGGGAGGGGGGGGGGUUGUGUGUAUAUCUUGUAAGACGUCACACAUUUUUGUAUCAUAGAUAUAAAACAUGAAACUGAUGGUGACGUCAAACAUUCUUUUGUGAUGGAUGUAUACCAAAAAAAGAGGACGUCACNGGGGGGGGGGGGGGGGGGUCUGAAAUCUGUGACAGAAUGGGAUGAUGGGAUGGGGUAAAAAAUUGUCCAAACAUAACGUGACGCACUUUAUAGACGACCCCUAAAUCUUAGAAAGGGAAAAAAUUAUGAGGUUGUUUUAAGAAAAUUUAACCUGAAUAAGACAGUGAUGUAGUUCUGGGCCAUUUAAGCACGCGAACAAAUAACAAAUAGAUCCUAAAUUUUGUUUUUUACAAUUAUUAUGUAAGACAUAUAGGACAUAGGAGACGCACUGUCCCUUUGUUUAUAUCUCCAGGUUCCCAGGCAGAGAGAGUGGUUGUGAGAAAUGCCUACAGCAGUGGAUCUAAACGAGAAAUCUCCAACUUAUACAAGGCUACGAGCAAUGUAAGAACUUCUCUGAGUGUGUACUCUGUUAAUGUCAAAACAAUACGGGAAAAGUAUACUCAAGGAGGGGAUGGUAUGUGUAAGCGGGUGUAUCGGGGAUUGAGAGAGAGUGAGAGAGAGAGAGUGAGAGAGAGAGAGAAAGAGAGAGAGAGAGAGAGUGAGAGAGAGAGAGAGAGAGAGAGAGAGAGAGAGAGAGAGAGAGACAGAGAGAGAAAGGCAUAUAAAUGGAGAGAGAUAUGCAACUUUAAUUGUAAAAUAGUGCUGACCCAAUAAAACAUUGAUUGACCAAUGUCCACCAUCACAGGACAUCGAAUUCAAAGUAAAUCAAGACCAGGAACAUACAUUUGUUGGAGACAACUUUGUUCUGUCACUCACAAUGAAGAACAACGGGGACAAGGACAGGACAGUGAGUGGUCAGGUGGAUGUCCACUCCAUGUACUACACAGGGGUGGUUGCCGACGAGGUCAAGAGAAGCCCUUUUAACAACCUUGUCAUCAAACCUAAACAAGGUAAGAAAUGAAGUCCAUGCUACUCUUAGUAUAAAUAAAUAUACACUUGAGCGGAUAUGUUUAGCAUGUCAUGUGACCGCGACUUCUUGUAAUGGCUCUUAGUGGCGUAUAGUUAGUCUGUUGGAACUGUUUCGUGUGAAAAACACUGACCUAUAAUAACUUGUAAAAAAAAAUCAACGAAAUCUACCGAAAAAAUCCUCAGAAAUGAAUGGAUGUGUGUUUCUAUGGGUGUGUGUUACAAUGGGUGUGUGUUACAAUGGGUGAAUGUUACAAUGGGUUUGUGUUACAAUGGGUGAAUGUUACAAUGGGUUUGUGUUACAAUGGGUGUGUGUUACAAUGGGUGGGUGUUGCAAUGGCUGUGUGUUACAAUGGGCGUGUGUUACAAUGGGUGUGUUUUACAGUGGUUGUGUGUUACAAUGGGUGUGUGUUACAAUGGGCGUGUGUUACAAUGGGUGUGUAUUACAAUGGGUGUGUGUUACAAUGGGUGUAUGUUACAAUGGGUGAGUGUUACAAUUGGUGUGUGUUACAAUGGGUAUGUGUUACAAUGGGUGUGUGUUACAAUGGGCGUGUGUUACAAUGGAUGUGCGUAGCUUUUCAUUUUAUUGUUGUGACAUUACUAUCGCAGACCUGUUUACCCCCGGGUGGUUUCAGCGUAGUUUUUAGCUCUCAAAAAAAACGUUAUUUAAUUAUUUAAAGCUCCAAUGAGUAGUUUGGGCAGUUAGCCGGGGGGGGCGACUGGGGGCUUGUUUGCAUUAAAUACAAGCUGUGUAAGGAAAUCCACUCAACUGCUCAUGUAAGAUAACACAAAUAAAUAUACCGGAUGUAGAAGAUAAUAGAAAUAAGUCUCCCAAUGCCUCGCCACUAAAGCAUUGUUUAGAGGGUACACACAAUUUAAAUGGAAUUAUAGUCCAUUAUUUAUGUCCUUAAGUUUAAUUAAUUUCUUUUUUUUAAAGCUCUCAGAAAAAAUGCGCGAGGACCAUUUAAUAAACAAAUAAAAGUUCUCUUCUGGUAAUUAUUCUUAGUGGCCAUUACGGACUGAGAAAUUGAGCAAGUUUUUUAGCUUAUAAGCUGCUGGGAUUUAGCUAUUUGAAAAUUCUGUAAGUUUGCUAAUAUGUUACAUUGAAUUAUUUUUGUGUGUAGAAGUAUCCCAGGUGAUCACCGUUACACAAGAGGAGUAUUUCAAAAAACUGAAAGACUUCUGCAUGUUGGAUGUUUCUGUCUGGGCCUUGGUCCAAGAGACAAACCAGCACUUCAUCAAAAAGGGAGACUACCGACUUCGUAAACCUCAUCUGCAAAUCCAGGUAACGGGGCUUAACCUUAUUUCCCCCUUUAGGUGGCGUGACAAAUUAUUUGGUGGCGAGAGACAAGGGAGACAGUGAGACCAGUGAGACAGUGAGACCAGUGAGACAGUGAGACCAGUGAGACAGUGAGACAGUAAGACAGUGAGACAGUGAGACAGCGACACGGUGAAUGGAUUUGUCACUUGGUAUAAAAGUAUGCUAUUAAAAACUGGAAUUUGAGACAGACAUGGAUGCAUUUAAAACUCCUUUUUGUUAUGGAAACGAGCUACAUCCACCAUCUUUGUAAUGUCGAUCAAUACAUUUUCACUAGAAAUACAUUUCCCAUGUCUGACGGCGAGAGUGGCUACAAAAAAAAAAAAAAAAUGUGGAUGGAGAGGAAAGAUGUAGAGUGUGAUUCUAAACAAAUAAUUGUAUUUUUUAAAUUUAUAGAUAUAUAUAUAUAUAUAUAAAAACGAGCUACAUCCACCAUCUUUGUAAUGUCGAUCAAUACAUUUUCACUAGAAAUACAUUUCCCAUGUCUGACGGCGAGAGUGGCUACAAAAAAAAAAAAAAAUGUGGAUGGAGAGGAAAGAUGUAGAGUGUGAUUCUAAACAAAUAAUUGUAUUUUUUAAAUUUAUAGAUAUAUAUAUAUAUAUAUAUACCUGUAGUCGUGUGUGUAACUUGUGACUCUUCCGGAAGACGGGUAGUGGGACAUAGAAUAUGCUGUGGAAUGGUUAGUGGGACAUAUAAUCUGUUGGAGAAUGGGUAGUUGGACAUAGAAUGUCCUGGGGAAUUGGGUAGCGGGACAUAGAAUAUGGUUAUGUUCAGUUUGAAAGGUCAUGCACUAGACUACAUGUGUCAAACUCAAGGCCCAUGUGCCACAUCCGGCCCGCCGAACAAUUACAUCAGGCGUACUAUUGUAUCCAAGUCAACGCUAUGGUGUUUCGUAAUGCACACUUUACCUGAAAAACUUAGCUUACUUCGCGCCGAGUUUGAACGGCGCCUUAGUGACUUUCAAGCACUGAAAUGUAAUUUUGAGCUGUUUCGUAAUCCAUUUGUCAUAGACGUGGAAACUGCACCUGUAAAUUUGCAGGUGGAGCUUAUAGAGAUGCAGUGUAAUGGGACACUAAAGGCAAAGUACGACACAGUUGGGCCUGCACAGUUCACUCGUUUCAUUCCUCGAGAGAUGCCCCAGCUUCGUCCACACGCGGCUCGAACCUUGAGCAUGUUGGGUAGCACGUCUAUGUGUCAGCGGCUGUUUUCUGUCAUGAAGAUUUUAAAAAAAAAAGCAUCAGAUAGGAGCUGUCUCAUUGUAAUCAGAGGCGUAGCGUGGUGGUGGCAGGGGGGGGCAGAUGUCCCCGGGCGCCAGCUAGUUAGGGGCGCCAAAAUGUGCUUUGAUAUUAUUUUAUUGAUGAAAAUAAUGGGUUUAAGAGUUGAAAAAAAGAAAAAGGGGCGCUUUAAAAUGGAUCUUGUCCCCGGGCGCGAAUCUUGUACCCGGGCGCCAAACACCCUCGCUACGCCACUGACUGUAAUCCAUCAUAAGAAUCUCGAUGACACAUAACGCUACUCCUAACAUAAACGAACUUACUUGUCUUUGUUGCCAAGAAAAUUUGCCAAACAUCCAGCUCUGACAAAUUGGCAUAAGAACAAAAAAAGGGUUAUGCCAAUGAAUUUUAGCUAUUAAAACUUUUUUUUUCUUUUUAUUUAUAUAAAUAUUUUUUAAAAAAGAUAUUUUUUUCCACUUAUUGAAUGUUUAUCCCGUUCGGCCCACAACAUUACGUGUGAUUUUAGUUUCGGCCCGCCGAGUGAUUGAGUUUGAUUCCCCCCCCCCCCCCCCCCACAAAAAAAUAAAAGGUGAGCUUAAGAUUAACUUGAUAUCGCAUCUCCUUCCAGUCUCCAAAAGAAGCCAAAGUCGGUGAAGAGAUCAAAGUUGAAGUUUCCUUCAUCAACCCACUCAACACAUCACUGACCAACUGCUUCAUUAUAGUGGACGGCCUGGCACAUUCACUCAAGUUUCGACAAAGGUAGGCUGCUUGUCAUGGUGGUCAUUAGUAGGCUUUUUGUCAUGGUUGUCAUAAGUAGGCUUUUUGUCAUGGUUGUCAUAAGUAGGCUUUUUGUGAUGGUUGUCAUAAGUAGGCUUUUUGUCAUGGUGGUCAUUAGUAGGCUUUUUGUCAUGGUUGUCAUUAGUAGGCUUUUUGUCAUGGUGGUCAUUAGCAGGCUUUUUGUCAUGGUUGUCAUAAGUAGGCUUUUUGUCAUGGUGGUCAUUAGUAGACUUUUUGUCAUGGUGGUCAUUAGUAGGCUUUUUGUCAUGGUGGUCAUUAGUAGGCUGCUUGUCAUGGUGGUCAUUAGUAGGCUGCUUGUCAUGGUUGUCAUAAGUAGGCUUUUUGUCAUGGUGGUCAUUAGUAGGCUGUUUGUAAUGGUCAUAAGUAGGCUGCUUGCCAUGGUGGUCAUUAGUAGGUUGUUUGUAAUGGUCAUAAGUAGGAUGCUUGUCAUGGUUGUCCUAAGUAGGCUUUUUGUCAUGGUGGUCAUUAGUAGGCUGUUUGUAAUGGUCUUAAGUAGGCUGCUUGUCAUGGUUGUCAUAAGUAGGCUUUUUGUCAUGGUGGUUAUAAGUAGGCUGCUUGUCAUGGUGUUCAUAAGUAGGCUGCUUGACAUGGUGUUCAUUAGUAGGCUGUUUGUAAUGGUCAUAAGUAGGCUGCUUGUCAUGGCCAUAAGUAGGCUACUUGCCACGGUGUUCAUAAGUAGGCUUAUUGUAAUGGUGGUCAAGAGUUGCCUGCUUGUAAUUGACGUAUUUCUUUAAACCCGAGAGGUUAAAAAUCUCAUUUUUUAAACACAUGAUUUUCCAUGGUGUAUGCUGUCUUUUCCCCAGCAAUGUGAAUCCCAACAGUACCUUCACUAACACUGUGCCCAUAUCGCCAACCAAGGAAGGCAAGACGGAGAUCAUCUUAAACUUCAACUCAGAUGAGCUCCAAGAUAUCAAUGUAGCCCACGCCAUCACAGUACGGAGCGUCUAAUCUAAAACUGCUCGAGUGGGACAGAUAAAAAUCAACGAUUACAUGAUAUAGUAUGGGUAUAGAUAUGGAUAUACAUUCAUAUAGAUAUAUGGAUUUAGUAUACGCUUAACAGCUCGCACGUUAUGUUCUGGAAACUUCCUUUUUUUUUUUAAAUAAAAAAGGUAUCAUUUUGCUAUAAUUAUAAAUAUCAUUUUUAACAAUUGGACCAUCAAUGGUGUAGCGACCAUCAAUGGUGUAGCGACCAUCAAUGGUGUAGCGACCAUCAAUGGGGUAGCGACCAUCAAUGGUGUAGCGACCAUCAAUGGUGUAGCGACCAUCAAUGGGGUAGCGACCAUCAAUGGUGUAGCGACCAUCAAUGGGGUAGCGAC